AUGCCAGAGAACGUCUUCCAAAGCCCAGCCCCCCUGUCCCAGGCCGUGGGCUACGGCAUCGUCGUCGGCGUUGGUGCAGUUUUUGCCAUCGGGAUGUCGCUCACGUCCUGGUUACUGAGUACCUAUAUGAAUGAAAUUCAAGACUCGGAGAUGUUCAUGACUGCUAAACACUCCGUCAAGGCAGGCUUGACUGCCUCUGCGGUAGUUUCGUCCUGGACAAUUGCGACCACGCUCCUCACCAGCACGACCUACGGCUAUCGGUAUGGAGUGUCCGGUCCGUUCUGGUACGCUGCUGCUGCGUCGGUUCAGAUUCUGCUUUUUUCUGUUGCUGCUGUCGAGCUUAAACGCAAGGCGCCCAAUGCGCAGACUUAUCUCCAAGUCGUCAAAGUGCGGUAUGGUAGUGCGGUUCAUCUUCUUUUUACGACGUACUCUGGUGUGUACCAAAUCAUAACGACGGUGAAUCUCCUUGUCGGGGGUUCGGCGGUCUUUGCGUCUAUGACUGGUGUGAGUCGGGAUGCGAUUUGUUAUCUGCUGCCUAUCGGCGUGGUUAUUUAUACCUUAAUGGGCGGGAUCAAGGCUACUUUUAUCACGGACUGGGUCCACACCGUCAUCAUCUAUGUCAUUAUGCUCAUCGCGCUGUUCGUCUUCUACACGACCUCCGAGCAAACCGGCUCACCAGCUCGAGUAUGGGAGCUCCUAACAGAAGCCGCAGCACUCCAUCCAGUUGCAGGAAACGCAGACGGACAAUAUCUCACAAUGAGAUCGCAGGAAGGCGGAUACAUCGGGCUGGUAUUCAUUGGGGCAGGAUUCGCCGCCUGUGUUGACAGCCAGCUAUUCCAGAAGGCGAUUGCCGCAGACCCGCGCACGACAUCCGUGGGCUAUAUCGUCGGUGGUUUGUCGUGGUUCACUAUCCCAUUUGUACUGGCCAGCACGUACGGCCUCGCCGCUGCAGCCAUGGAACAUCUUCCCAGCUGGCCAACGUUUCCCAACCGAAUGAACGAGUAUGAAGUAGCCUCAGGUCUCGCGAUGCCAUAUGCUGCUGUAUCGCUCAUGGGCAAUGGUGGUGCAGUUGCUGUGCUACUUAUGGUCUUCAUGGCCGUUACAAGCGCCAUGUCUUCUGAAACAGUUGCCACAACGGCACUGGUGACCUAUAAUGUCUACCAGGCGUACAUCAAACCAAAGGCUUCUGGUAAACAGCUCCUCUACUUUUCCCACUUCAUCACAGUUGGAUUUGCUAUCUUCUGCUCGUCCAUCGCAGUCGCAUUUAACCACGGCGGAUUCAGCGUCGACUUCCUCAUAACCGCCAUCGGGAUCUUCGUCGACAGUGCUAUCGUUCCCAUGGCAUGCACUAUCAUGUGGAAGAGGCAGUCCGCCCUGGCGGCGUUUAUUGUCCCCCCAUUGUGCUCUACCUUCGGCCUGAUUGCCUGGUUCUGCACUGCCUAUACCCACCAUGGAGUCGUCAGUAUCGAGACGCUUAGCUCGAAUCUCCCUCUUGUGGCUGGGAAUAUGGUCUCGCUCUGUUCGCCGCUGAUACUCACCCCGCUAGCUACAUUGCUCAAACCUGAUAAUUUCGACUGGCGAAUCCUGAAUGAGCAAAUCCACCGCGGCGACGACGAGCACGUCACAGUAUCCGGUAAUAGCCCCGAAGACGCAGCCGUACUCGCUGAACAAGAGCAAAGAAGGGAAGAAGAGAAUGAAAAGUCCCUCCUUACAGCGCGGAAUCGCUCGCUCUUCCUUGGGCUGUUUCUGACCAUCUCGCUGGUGAUUCUGUGGCCAAUCCCGAUGUAUGCGUCGAGUUAUGUAUUCACUGUUCCGUUCUUCACGGGGUGGGUUGCUUUCUUGUUUAUCUGGGCGUUUCUGGCGGCGGGUGUUAUUUUGGUUUUGCCCAUCUGGGAGGGUCUUACGGAGAUCGAGAUGGUUCUGAAUAGAAUCCUAGGGAGGAAGGUCAAGGAGAGGAGUAGACAGACUAUACUGGUUCCCAGAGAAUGUUUGGAGGGUGAGCAGGCCGUCUUUGAGAAUCAGGGAAAAGACUCACAGGAAAAGAGUAAGGUUUGA